CGUGUGUGUGAUAAAAAUAGAAGAGCGAGAAAUCAAGUCUUGUUUGCUCAGUAGAGAGAGAGAGAGAGAUCGAGUCUUGUUUGCUCAGCAGAAAGAGAGAGAGAGAUCGAGUCUUGUUUGCUCAGCAGAAAGAGAGAGAGAGAUCGAGUCUUGUUUGCUCAGUAGAGAUAGUACUUGAGAGCGAGAAGAGAGACUGAUAGAGAUCACUCACUCACUCUCUCAGUUUUGUGAUGAAUAUGCUGCAAGCCUUCAAGCCUAUGGGUUGAACAGCAUCAGUAGAGAAAGAGAAGAGCAGAGAGAGAGAAAGAUGGGAAACGCGACGUGCCCGUCUCCGAUGAAGGCGGUGUCGAAUGGGGCAUGGCAGGGAGAUAACCCUCUGGACUUUGCUUUGCCCUUAUUGAUGCUUCAGAUCUGCCUCGUUUUGAUCGUGACCAGAUUGCUUGCUUUCCUCCUGAGGCCUCUGCGUCAGCCUCGAGUCAUUGCAGAGAUCAUCGGUGGGAUUUUACUGGGCCCCUCAGCACUGGGCCACAACAAGGACUACCUUCGCAGGGUCUUCCCUCCUCGGAGCAUGACACUGCUUGACAGUGUUGCCAACAUGGGCCUCCUAUUCUUCCUCUUCUUGAUUGGGUUGGAACUAGAUGUCAAUUCCAUUCGCCGCACUGGUCGCAAGGCCCUUGGCAUCGCCCUUGCCGGCAUCACUCUCCCCUUUUUGCUGGGCGUAGGCACCUCCUUUGUCCUCAAGUCCACCGUUGCCAAGGGUGUAGGGACUGCUUCCUUCCUCGUGUUCAUGGGCGUCGCCCUUUCUAUCACUGCUUUCCCUGUCCUUGCUCGUAUCCUUGCCGAGCUCAAGCUACUCACCACAGACAUCGGUCGCAUUGCUAUGUCAGCUGCUGCUGUCAAUGAUGUGGCUGCAUGGAUAUUACUGGCUUUGGCAGUGGCACUCUCAGGCACUGGCCGAAGCCCACUUGUGUCAUUGUGGGUGCUGCUUUCAGGAGUGACUUUUGUGAUAUUUGCGGUGCUGGCAGUGAGGCCUGUGCUAGCAUGGAUGGCUCGGCGGUCAGAUGACAAUGGGCCUGUGCACGAGGGCUACGUGUGCGUGGUGCUGGCAGUGGUACUAGCAGCUGGGUUUGCAACAGAUUCAAUUGGGAUACAUGUGUUGUUUGGGGGGUUUGUGAUGGGGCUGGUGAUGCCCAAGGAAGGAGCCUUUGCCGGGUCGCUUAUUGAGAAGAUCGAGGACUUGGUUUCAGGGCUGUUCUUGCCACUGUAUUUUGUGUCAAGUGGAUUGAAGACAGAUGUGGCUACAAUACAAGGGGCUCAGUCCUGGGGGAUGCUUGGGCUGGUGAUUGUGACAGCAUGUGUUGGGAAGGUCUUGGGAACGGUUGGGGUGUCAUUGGCGUUUAAGAUGCCUUGCAGGGAGGCCUGGGCGCUUGGCUUCCUUAUGAACACAAAGGGGCUUGUGGAGCUCAUCGUUCUUAACAUCGGCAAGGACAGGAAGGUCUUAAAUGACCAGACAUUUGCCAUCAUGAUCCUGAUGGCCCUCUUCACCACCUUUAUUACCACCCCCUUGGUCACUGCAGUCUACAAACCUGCCCGCAAGGCUACCCCUUACAAGCACCGCACCAUCCAGCGCAAGAAUCCUGAUAGUGAGCUCUGCAUCCUUGCCUGCCUCCACAAUGCUAGGUCUAUCCCAGCUCUCAUCCACCUCAUCGAGGCCUCUCGUGGCACUCGCCGCCGGUCCCUCUGUGUCUAUGCCAUGCACCUCAUGGAGCUCUCUGAGCGGCCCUCCGCGAUCGUCAUGGCCAACAAGGUCCGCCACAAUGGCCUCCCCUUCUGGAACAAAUCGCAUCCCAACUCUGACCACUUUGUUGUUGCCUUCGAUGCAUAUCAGAGUCUCAGCUCCGUUUCUGUCCGCCCUAUGACUGCAAUUUCCUCCCUCACUACCAUGCAUGAAGACAUAUGCUCCUCUGCCGAGCACAAGCGUGCUGCCCUUAUCCUCCUCCCCUUUCACAAGCAAGCCCGCAUUGAUGGAAACUUUGAGGUGACUCGCCCUGGCUUUCGACAGGUGAACUUGCAUGUCCUCGGAAAUGCACGCUGCUCAGUUGCCAUCUUUGUGGACAGGGGCCUUGGGGGCCCUGCCCGUAUCCCCGCCAGCAACUUUGCCUCCUCAAUUGCCAUGCUUUUCUUUGGCGGCCAAGACGAUCGUGAGGCCCUCUCAUAUGCGACCCGCAUGGCAGAGCACCCUGGUGUCUCCUUGAUUGUCCUCCGCUUCCAGCCUGUGCCUCAAACCAAUCAACCAGAUGGAGUUGGGAUAGACAUGGAGACUGGGAGUCAUGAAGAUGAUGAAAAGUUCCUCGCUGAUUUUCAUGCCAUGGCCAAAACAAAUCAGUCAAUUAGGUACGAGGAAUUGGAGGUAAGAAGCAGGGAAGAGACGGUGGCUGCGAUAAGAAAUGUGGCUCGUUGCAACUUGUUGCUUGUGGGGCGGAGGGCAGAGGCGCCUGGGUUUGAGAUGAGCAGUGCAGAUUGUACAGAAUUGGGCUUAGUUGGGAGCUUUUUGGUAUCACAAGAGUUCACGGGUGGGGCAUCGGUGCUUGUGGUGAGACAGUACCACCCUGGUAUCACCAUUGGCUCACCGCUGUUGUCUGAGGGCACGUCAGAAAUGUCAAAGAUUCCAGUCGAUGAUUCUGAUGGUUGAGGGUCUAUGUACUAGAAAGCAAUUCAAGUCGGAGGUCUAUGGCUUUUUAAUAAGGGAUUGUAUAAUAUGAUAUCAUUUAUUUUACAUUGAGUUUACGAUUACAGCUAGCUAUCAUAUCAGUUGCCAAAUUAGAUGGCUUUGGGUGUGUCUAAGAAAUUAUUUUUGAACUUUUAAGUCAAGUUAAGUACACAUUCACAACUAAA